AUGUCAAUAAAUGAGACUCUUGGGAUGUCUUUGACUACAGAAAUAGCAAAAGCUCUACCUCUCCGCGAAGAACUCGCUGACAAAAUAUACCAGGUGUUCCAUUACGUGAUAAUUCCCUGUACCAGCUUUGUCGGAAUUGUGGGGAAUGUGACCAGCAUUGUGCUACUGACUCGAAAGGGAUUCAAGAAGUGCUCAAGUAUACUUCUCCUAGCUUUGGCUGUUUCCGAUAUUUUAUUUCUGAUAGGCAUAAACAACGUACCUAAAUAUCUAUAUGUUUUGUAUAUUCCCCAAGGAUUCAGAUUUACAACAGCUGUUAAUUAUGUCUGUUAUAUUUCGCAUAUGGCCUUUUCUUGGGCUCGAACUAUUGGCCUUCACUGUGCAAUGGUGAUUCCUGUUAUUAUAACAGUAGAACGGAUUUUAGCCAUUCGUUUUCCACUUACAUUCCAUUUUAUUUUAACACCACGACGCGCGGUGAUUAUCAUUUCUUGUCUGUUCCUUCUCAACGGAGCGUACUGUAUUUAUAGCUACGUGGUGUGUAUGAAGUUUAAGCAAGUUGUCGUACAAGGAAUUACUAUUGGAUUUAUUCUACGCACCGAUGCCUAUUUCCAUGAUCUAACUAGUGGACUCUAUGAGACCAUUGACAGUAUAGUAAAUUACACAACAGGAAUAAUACCAAUUAGUAUUGUCACCGUAGGUUCUGUAGUUAUUGGAGUUCAAAUCGCCAUUCUUACACAGCGACGACAGAAAAUGACAGCAAAUCAAGUUAAGAAAUCAGCAGAUAAACAACAGCCUAUAUCAAAAACGACAAAAACGUUGCUGAAUAUUUGUAUCCUGUACAGUGUCUGUAGUGGGUUUGCAUUUGCUAUAGCGUACAUUACACAAGACAGUCAACUGGGGCAGGAUAUUCAGCUGAAUAAAGUCUUGGUGUCUUUUCACAACCUAUUGACUUGUGUAAAUUGUGUUGGAGACUUCGUUAUUUACGUCGGUGCCAACUCUGUUUACAAGAAAUCAUGGGGGAAAUGUACAACACGUAAACAGACUUAA